UCAGUUUAUCCAGCCUACCCGGAGCACAUACAUACCCAACCUUGGAGCUAAACCAGGACUGAUAUAUCUUGUAGGUUAAUUCCCAUUACCCAUGCUUAGUUGAACAGCUUAGAUCCUCGUCAACUCCAGAUUCAAACUGAUCAGUUUCUACCAGUGAAUGUUGGAGAAGAAAGAAGAGAAAUUAGAUUAUAGAAAAUGAGAGGAAUAUAUGGAAAAUAUUACAAACAUGAACCAUCAAUAUCAGAAUAGGUUUUUUGUGUCUCCAGUAAUUGCUGUAAUGGACUCCUCAGUUCUCGGAGAGAAAAAUAGUUUUUCAUAAAUCUGUCAAACCUGCAUUAAGUAUAAAAAAAAGAAAAACUACAACUACAAAAUUGAAAAAAGCAAUUUUAUCCGAGUGUAAAAUCUUAAAUAUCGUUUUGUGUACUGUAAAAUCUCGCAUGUAGGUCAAAUCCUUCACGAACCUAUCCCAUAGUGAUCAAUCUUUGCAGUAAAAUAUUACCGCCUGUUCAAAUUGCAGUUACCUCACGUACCUGGUGGCAAACUCAUUCACUUAGAACCAACUUGACGAACCAUCCUUGGACCUUGAACCUGGUCCACCUGGUGGCCAACUCAUUCACUAAGAACCCACUUGGCGAACCAUCCUUGAACUAAAAUGUCCCAGCUCUGUUUCCCGUACAGUACCGGCAUAACCUGCGUCUGUGACGCUUCCAACCGAAUUUUCCGAUGUUUUCCUGAACUUUCCAAAAAAGUUGAAGAAACUAAAAACUCGGAAUCCCCACUUUAUCAAAAGUUUUGUGAUAUACUCAGUAUCUUUAACGGAAGAACUGAAAGUAUUCUGGCUGCUACUUGUUUACUGAUCAUCAUAUUUGCUUUCUGUGGAUUCCUAACUUACAGAUGUGAGAGGAUUAUUAUUAACUUAAGAAAGGAUUGUCUCUGUUGUAAACAGUUAAAGAGUAGGUGUGGAGUCUCCGUGCAAACAGAGUUUGAGAACUUGCCUGAAGGAGUGAGGGAGUGUGCUGAACCCCUGUAUCCUGGGGGGUUUAAUAAUUUUACAACUACAAACCAUACCUCAUUCUUUAACAAGGUUGCUGAGAAUGGUGUAUCCGUGUCUCAGAGUGCAGAUUAUUUACUGCAGGAUACUUGUAGCAUAGAUAAACUAGAUCUGUUUGAGUCGAGAAGCUACAACGGAAAUAUUGUAUGAAAAAUUAUAUUUUUCGUUUUCAAGAUACAGUGGGGCGUAAUAAUAAAGUUUAAAAAAUGAAGACAUUAAAAUCUGUAAAUAGAAAUAAUGAAACAAUAUUAUUCGUGGAAGGUUUUGCUAGUUUGUAGAAGUUGAAUAUUUGAUAAGAAUUUGUUCGUAAUUAGGAACUAUUGCAACUGGUGAAAGCGUUUAAUAAAUAUGAGGACUUUUUUAAAAUUAUGAACAUUUUUUCAAAAUUAUGAACA